UUUUUUUAAAUUCCCAGAAUGGAUUGUUUCCUUGUGAUUUUCUCGCUGCUGUUUGUGGCUUUCCAUGGAGCUCCAGACACAGCUGUAUUGGGUGCCGAGCUCAGCACUGGAGCAGAUCACGGUGGGGAGCCGCCGUCCCCCGGGACCCCCUUGAGGCACCGCCGUUCCAAGCGCUGUUCCUGCUCGUCCUUGAUGGAUAAAGAAUGUGUUUACUUCUGCCACCUCGACAUCAUUUGGGUCAACACUCCCGAGCACACGGUUCCAUAUGGACUUGGAAGCCCUUCAAGGACCAAGCGAUCCUUAAAGGAUUUAUUCCACACCAAGGCCGCAGACCCCAGGAAGAGAUGCCAAUGUGCCAGCCAAAAGGACAAGAAGUGCUGGAAUUUUUGCCAAGCAGGAAAAGUACUCAGGGUCCAAGACACUACAGAGAAAAACUGGACUAAUCAAAAGAAAGGAAAAGACUGUUCCAAGCUGGGAGAGAAGUGUAUUCAUCAGCAACGAGUGGAAGGGAGGAAAACAAGAAGGUGGGAGGCUCUCAGCAACAAGAUCAAAACAUCUUUCCGCUCUGCAAAGCUGAAAGCUGGGCUCCACCGAGAGAAUAGAGUGACCCACAACCGAACGCACUGAUUGCAGAUGGUUUGGGCCUGUUAGAAGCCUCAUCAUCCUCCACGGAGAGCGCCUGCGUGGACCUGCUUUCUCUCAGCCCUGGCUAUGAGCAGACCAAAAGCAUCCGCCCUGCUUAGACCAUUUCUUGUUUUAAACUGGCCAAGGACGCCUUUGUCCGUCCUUCUUCUAAACAUUCCAAGAGAUGUUUAAAGACUCCGUGUACUGUCUUCAUUUGCUCUCAUCAAAGACUUCUCAUCUUCUUGUUGAGGAUGACAGAGGGCCAAGCAG